AACUCAAAAUGAGUCAACAGGGUCUAAAACAUUCUCAGUGACAAAUGUUUCUCAUGUUCUUUUCAUCGCAACAAAAGAAAAAUGUUUUUUUUUUUAUUAUUUAAUUAAUGAAGUAAUACUCAUCUGCGUCAAUCUCAUGAAAUGAUCUGAGAAAAACUGUGUGAGUAAAAAGAUGAGUUUUUUCAAUUUGAUUCUCACUCUUGUUGUGCUUCUACUCUCUGCAAAUGGUGAAUCCAGCAUUAAAGGUGAAACCUUUAUUGUUUCCAGCUUCAGCUACCCUCAUACUAGACUCAGACCCUUUGAUUUGCGCUAUAUAAGAGUUGAUUUGCCGCCAUGGUUUUCUGCAAUAUCUAUAUCACUGAACUCAGAUGUAGACCUUGACGUGUCUAAAAUUGAAAAGGUUCCAAUGAGCACACUGCCAAUAAUAUGCUUUAGAGAUGGAGGUCCUCCACAGCCAGAUCCCUUAAACAUAACUUUGAAAGAUUCAGCUGUCUCAGGGAUAAAUGGUUUAGAUGUGGAGCAGUGCUUUCCUAUGCAGAAAAACAUCACUUUGAAACUGACAAACAAUCAGAUAUCUCCAGGUGUUUGGUUCAUUGGUCUUUUCAAUGGCAUUGGACCUACAAGGACACAGUCGAAGAUGAUUGUCCGAGGCCCAGCGUACUCCUUUGGUGCCAAUAUAACCGUGGAAGCAUGCACAAAUUCAAUGAUGACAGGAAAUUUCUGUAACAGUCCAGUUUAUCCGUUCUCAUGCACACCAUCUGAUGUCAAUAAUGCUUUGAAGGCUACAGAAAACAACACAAUGUUGGAAAAUUUGAUGACCUGCAAAAGUAAUUUGAAAACUUUCUGUGCUCACGAAGGUGUACCAAACAUCUUCUCCUUGGAUAUAAUAAAUGUGGCAGAAGAAUUUACAGUUAUGGCAAGUGAUGUCAAAUUCAGUGGUACAUCUUCAAACAAAACAACUGGUGCAAAUGAUGUUGGUUUAAUGUGUUUUGUUCGCCAUGGUGCAAUGCCUUCAGCGACUGUAUACGAUUACUCCAGUGAUUUAAAUAAAGCACCGCUGGUUAUUCAUUCACCAUUAAUUGGUCGUUGGUACAUUACUAUCGUACCGAUCAAUCUUGUAAACACUCAGGAUAGUAAUGUUACGGCUUGCUAUUCGGUGGAAUCCCACAUGCUUCAAUGUUCGCUUGGGAAGGCUGGACCAAAUUGUACAAUGGAUAUCUACACGCUUCAGACAUUUGUACGGAGAGGACCAACUCCCUUUGAAUCAUAUUAUUUACCGGUUGGUUCUGGAGCAUCUUAUACUUCUGCCAAUUUCCCCAUUGAAACGCUUUUGAGUAACUCAUCGUACAAUGGAGAACCUGGUAACAUUUGGACUUACUUACUUUUGGACAUUCCUCGUGGUGCUGCCGGAGGAAAUAUUCAUGUGCAACUAUCCUCAGAUGUGAAGAUCAAUUAUGAAGUUUAUGCUAGAUUUGGUGGAUUGCCGUCUCUUAUUAGCUGGGACUAUUAUUAUGCUAACAAGACAAGGAGAAGCGAUACAUCUAUGUUUUUCAUGCUAUAUGAUUCAAGUGAUGGCAAGAUCAAUUUCUAUAUUAUGUAUGCUAGAGAAGGAACUUGGGGUUUUGGUCUUAGACAUCUUAAUACCAGCAGAAGCGAUCCUUCUAAAGGGACAACUGUCAUGUCUCUUUCACUUGAACGAUGCCCAAAACAUUGUUCCUCUCAUGGGGACUGUAAAUUUUCUUUUGAUGCAAGUGGCUUGACAUCAUACAGCUUUUGCUCUUGUGAUCGAAACCAUGGAGGCAUUGACUGUAGCGUUGAAAUUGUAACACAUCAAGGGCAUGUACGACAAUCAUUUUUUCUCAUUGUAUCCAAUGUUGCGGCCAUACUUCCUGCCUAUUGGGCCCUUCGGCAGAAGGCAUUAGCAGAAUGGGUUUUGUUCACAUCCAGUGGAAUUGCGAGUGGACUAUAUCAUGCCUGUGACGUAGGUGCCUGGUGUGCAUUGAACUAUAAUGUCUUACAGUUCAUGGACUUCUGGCUCUCUUUCAUGGCUAUAAUUAGCACUUUUCUUUAUCUAGCUACUAUUGAUGAAGUAUUGAAGAGGGCAAUCCACACAGCUGUUGCUAUCCUUACUGCCCUAAUGGCUGUAACAAAUGCAACUAGGUCUUCCAAUGUUGUUCUUGUGAUAGUGAUUGGUGCGCUUGGUCUCCUUAUUGGAUGGGUUAUAGAGUUGUCAACAAAGUAUAGGUCCCUUUCCUUUUCAGUUAGAUUCUCACUUGAUUUCUCUCACUGUUUACAAGUGAUAAAGCGAUGGCUCUGUAAUCUUGUUGGGUCACUUCUAAGACGGUACCACUGGCCUUUUGCCUUAGCUGGUUUUUCUGCACUGUCAAUGGCAAUAGUAAGCUGGACACUUGAAACCAGUGAAACUUACUGGUUUUGGCAUAGCUUUUGGCAUAUUUCAAUAUACACAUCUUCUUUCUUCUUCCUUUGUUCGAAAGUAAAUAUUGUGGAUAGUGAGAAUCAGCUACCUGCAAAUGCAAACUAUGAACUAACCCAUCAGGACUCACUUCCAAGAAGUGGUUAGAUAUAGAACAAUAUAAAUGGAAUAGGUUGGUGUAAAGAGGGGAUACAGAGGUGAAUCAUUUUGGAUUUCUCUAUUUUUGUGUUUAAGGCGAGUUCAUGUGAUGUGAAGGUGGCACAAAAAUGUGUGGCUAACGGUAUUGGAUGUGAAUUGGUGUAUGUUCGGUUUAUAGUUAAGAAUCCGCUAAGGUACAUUUAGGCUCAAAGCAUCUAUGGAGUUCCUCUGAGACAAAACAUACAAUCGCAAUGGAAAUCGAAGCAUACUGGCUGCUGAAUUGGAUAAGAAGUCAUCCUAGGAGUCAAUUUUGAGGCCGAAAAUAGUGAAGUGACAAAGCAAAGCAGUCUCUUGUAAAUUAUUUUCAGCACAAGGUUUGUUUAUGCCAUUCUUUAUAGGAUAAUUUACUCUCAAGAGAAUCAAACUAGGGAUAAUUUUUGGUGAGGGGAUAAAGAGGCUUGUCUUAUGUAAUUAUAGUUUAGAGUAAUAUUUGUCUGCCUUUGAACUGUAUCAUAUCUAGAGAUGUUGUGAUAAAAGCUGCUCUUCAAUCUUCAUAAUGGAUCUUAUGUACUUCAGUAGCUUCUUUAUAA